AUGCAAUUCAACCGCCUCUUCCUCACUGUCCUCGCUGGCCUCCUCUACGCCGCCCAGGUCCACGCCGAUACCGUCGAUUACGGAGACCAUGGGCACUGCGAUGACACGGUUGCAUGCAACAACUCUCCGCGCGAGAUAUGCCACUGUGGAGCACACCAAGAACAUCAGGGUGUCUGCUCGCAGUCCGGCUCUCGACGGAUGUCGUAUGAGUCAGGACUUGCUGGCGGAGCAGUUGAGCUCUGGAAGCGCCGUAGGACUGCUCGACCCACUAUGGAGAAUACGACGUUGUUCCUCUGCAUCGAACGCGCAGUCAUCGGUGAAUUGCCCUUUGUCGAUCUGACUCUUGAGGCACCUCACGGCCACCUCACGAUUUCCAAAGGACAGACGUCAUUGCGAGCUUUGAAAGCGACAAUCAACCAGCAAUUUGGUUCACUCCACGCCUCCGUCACGCGACCGCCGCAUCCCUCUUACCUAUUCACCAACGAUACAUACCUGGGCUCAACAAGCGUACCAUACCACCACCUUCGUCACACAUCCGACCGACCGCUCGCAGUGACAACGCCGUGCGGAGCCUGGCUCCAACGAUCUCUCGACUCGAAAAGUGUCUCACACCUCACCAUGGCCGACACAACACCGCAGGAGAGGGAGCUCGUGUACUGUCACCAGUGCGAGAACGAGUGGUAUCGCGAUGAACACGGCAUAGUAUGCCCAGAGUGUCAGUCUGACUUCACCGAGGUCAUCGAGGCAGAUCACGACCCGCGCGCCGAAGAGGAAGACGACUUUGCACCAGACCCUGAUGAGGAUGACAUCGACCAGUUCCACUGGCAGAGAAAUGGUCCAGGAGAAGCACCGGGAGGACAUUUGCAUGGCACAAUCAGGAGGAAUAUCACGCUGAAUCCGGGACAACAACCUCAAGCAGGAGGAGGCGGCCUGCUAGGAGGGUUGAUGGGAAUGGUUGCACCUAUGCUGCGAAAUGCGAUGGAUCCGUCUCAACAGCAGCAACAAGCGCAUCAGGGCGGUCACGCCACUGCGCCAGGAUCGCCCGAACAAGGUGGCCAACCACACGGAAGUGGCACCUUUGUCCGUGCAGGAUCUGGGCCUGGAUUCUCAUACACAAUCACAACCUCAAGCACAGGUGGUCUCUACCCGCGAGACGCCAAUCACCCGCAGCCGAUGCAAAAUCAACCCGCCGAGUUUGCCGGCAUCAUGGCACAAAUGAUGGCGAAUAUCGGAGCCAUGGGUGGACCUGGAUUUGGAGGAGGACCGCGGCACGGUGGACCUGUCUUCAUGGGAGCUGGUGGCGGUCCGAUGGGUCUCGACGAUGUGCUCGGCAUGUUUGGAAUGCCGCCCGGCGGACAACACGGCGAUGCAGUCUAUAGUCAGCAAGCACUCGACCGCGUCAUCACACAAUUGAUGGAGCAACACCAAGCCGGAAACGCCCCCCCACCAGCAUCCGCAGAAGCCAUCGACUCCUUGCCGAAGCGACAGAUCACAGCCGAAGAUCUUGUACCAGCGAGGCACUUCUUCAUACCCGUUCCCCUCCCCUGGCCGUGGCGAUGGCAGCCAGAGCAACCCUUUCACCAUUCCCGAAUCUCCGGAGCAGCAGCGCAGCAGCGCACCGCCUCCGAGCAGUGGAGUCCUCGCACUCAGAGCAGUUUCCCGUCUUUGUCCACACGCAACACCCGGCGUAGCAAAGUGGCAGCCAGCAUUCGCGAAACGACCUGCAGAGCUCUCCGAGCCAUGAGUCUUCGCAAUACGUGUCCAAGACAUUCAUCGGAGACGGAUCUGCAAAUCGCUGUGGCCCGGGAAAAUGCGCGGAAGAAUAUGACGGAGCGGAAGAGGCGACUGCUGGGGUACUUCAGAAGCCAGGGAAGAGGCGGACUUGAUGGAGAUGAUUCGAUCGACGAGGAAGACGAGGAGAAGAGGAAGAUCCGUGCCAGAAGCCUGUUUAUGUUGUGGGUGCAGGUGAACGUAGUGCCUGCGACACGGCGCAUUCAAACACAGAUGGAAAGAGUUUGGGAAUGCGGACGAAUACUCGCGGCCACAGCUGCUGAGCCUGGAUCUCGAGAUGAUGGUCAUUACAAAUCUCUCUAUACAGAUGCGGACGACAAGAGCGAUGUCUUUGUCCUUCCGGAAAAGCAAUCGGAUCUAACCAACAACGACCAAUCCGACAUUUCAGCGAACACUCAGGUGGACCGAUCCGACCAGCGACUCGUGUUCGGCCCAUGCCAGAGAUCCCACGAGUAUGAGAGCCUAGAGCUCGCCCUGAUCAUGCGGCGACCAGUGGUUCUCGUUCGAAGUUUCGCAGAAUACCUCGCGGUACUGAGGGUUGCAUCGGAUGCCAGAGAGUCGGUUGUGGUUAUUCAAUUGGACGUCCGCCAACGAUGGGCUCUUGUGAUAAAGAGGGCGGGAUGCCUGAUGACUCCAAGCAUGUGGAGGCAAUACGCAGUACUUGGCCGAGGAGCCGGCGGCCAUCAAUAACGGGGUGUCAGUUGAGAAAGGGAUUCGUCUUGAUGGAUGCAUGGCAAGCAAUGCGCCUGCUUGACAGACUGGGAACGAGGCUUGAGCAUUCCUGAGCGCACACCUGAGAGGAAGGAGCAACGAGGCUGGACCCUGAGACCUACGAGCAUCAUUGUUUCUAUUCAUAGAUGAUUCAAACCACGGUAUUGUACCUG